UCCCUGGAUUGAGGAAGUGCUGGCUGCCCCGGCCGGCUGCGCACAGCCCUGGUUCCUCGCUCGCUUCUCGCCCGCCCCGCCGCCCCCCCGAGCAGCCCCAGCCCGAAAGUCGCUGUGGCCGGAGCAGCCGGCGGCGGCGUCCCGGCCCCGAGCGGUGCCCCCCCCUCGCAGGGACGCUGCCCCGCCGGGGGGAGACAGGAGAGUUUCUGGUGAUCCAAGACAGCUGAGGAUACAUUGGCUUCCUAUAAAGACCAAAGAUGGAUUGCUGUUUAGCAGGGAUUUUGCCCUAACCAAAUACCAAGAGCCACAUUCUCUUCUCGUUGCCUUGCAGGGCAGAUGGUGUUUCUUCAUGACUGUGACAACUAGCGGUGACUCCAAUCCUGCACCUGGAGAGAUUUCGUUUGACUUUGACAACACCGUUUAAUUUUAAAUGCUGCAGAAAGUUGGCUUAUUGAAACUUCGCAACUACAGCCCAGAAUGUACUGGUGCGUGGGAACUGAGGAAUCCGCUGUUAGCCGAGAGUGCAACAUGGAGCACCAAAAUGGUACUGUGGACAUGGGUGGCAAACAGUCCACAGUUGGCGAUGUCUCCGUAGGCCACUCCCCUGUGAUAAGAAGCAUUCAGGAUGCUUACAAAAGUGGAGACACCAGUAAGGCCCAAGAGCUGAUUAAACUCUCAUGUGAGGAGAACAUAUUACAAGUGGAAAAGUGCCAGCUUUUGAGUGUUGCAUCAGCGUAUGGAGAUCUGCAUGCAGUGAGGUAUUUACUCAAGGAAGCGUUGGUGGGGUUACCGACGGAACCCAAUGAUGAUAAUCCGGCUGUGGUGGCAGCAUAUUUUGGACAUGAGGACAUUGUGAAGGAAUUAUUGGAUUCUUUGCUCGGUCCCAGUAAUUUCCAGCGACUCCUGAAUUGGAUGCUGGCCAUCUCCUGCCAGCAGGGACACUUGGCGAUAGUUAAAUUCUUAAUCCUCACCUACAAUGCUGACCCCGGGAGCUGCGCAGUAAGGAAGAAUGAAUUUCCAAUUCUUAAGAGAUUACCACUGUAUGCUGCUAUAAAGGCAGGGAAUGAAGAUAUAGCUGUGUUUUUACUUCAGAACGGGGCUUGUUUUUGUUCUUACAUCCUGAUGGACAGUCCUGAUUCUAGCAAGCACCUUUUGAGGAAAUAUUUCAUAGAAACAAUCUUACUACCUGGUAGCGCUCCAGCAAAAACAGCACUGUCUGUGAGUUGGUCAAAUCUCAAGCUGCCUUGGGUGGAUCUGGACUGGCUGAUUGAUAUCUCAUGUCAGAUAACUGAGCUCGAUCUGUCUGCCAACUGCCUGGCCUCCCUCCCAUCCGUGAUUCCGUGGGGACUGAUAAACCUCAGGAAACUGAACCUAUCUGACAACCAGCUGACCGAACUGCCCAGCGUCCAGUCAUCCGAUGAAAUUAUAUGCACAAGGUUACUUGAGGUGGAUGUGUCCAUCAACAGGCUCUGUAUCCUCCCUUCUGGAUUCCUUCAUCUCACAAAACUUCAAAAACUCAUUGCCACCAAAAAUUAUCUGGAAAAGUUAUUUGAUGAGGAAAGUGCAACUAAUUGGAUUGGAUUAAGGAAACUGCAAGAACUUGAUGUGUCUGACAACAGAUUGGUGGAGCUCCCCACACUGUUCCUUUACUGCUUCAAAUCCCUAACCAUCCUCAAUGUUUCCAGAAACAAUCUGAAGGUGUUUCCAGACCCCUGGGCCUGCCCCUUGAAAUGUUGUAAAGCAUCUGGAAAUUCAUUGGAGUCCCUCCCGGACACAUUGACUGUUUUCUGGAAACAUCACCUCAGAGAAGUGGAUUUUUCUGAGAACUCACUAAAUGAAGUUCCACAAGGACUUUUCCAACUUGAAGCGCUGGUGUCACUGAAGCUUUUGGGAAAUCAGUUAGUUUCAUUGCCUUCUCAAGAUAAGUGGACUUGCAGGCAACUUAAAUCACUGGAUCUUUCUAAGAAUCAGCUUGGGAAGAGCGAGGAGGGGUUUAAAACAAAGCGGAUUUCCUUUUUUACCACAAGAAACCGAGGGCGUGCAGGCACAGAGGCAGGUCCCUUCUUGGAGUUUCCGGCAUUCCUGAGUGACUCUCUGGAAGUCCUUUAUGUAAAUGACAAUAAGCUAGACACCGUCCCACAAUCCAUUUGCCUUCUGAAAGGUCUAACAGAGCUUUAUUUAGGGAAUAACCCUGGUAUCCGAGAGCUCCCUCCAGAACUUGGACAGCUGGCUAAUCUUUGGCAGCUGGAUGUUGAGGAACUAAAUAUCAGCAACAUUCCUGCCGAGAUCAUAAAAGAGGGCCCUAAAACAAUAUUAGCAUACUUGCGGGCACAGCUGCGCAAAGCAGAGAAAUGCAAGCUGAUGAAGAUGAUUAUUGUCGGUCCUCCACGGCAGGGAAAGUCAACACUUACAGAGAUCUUGCAGACAGGGAAAGCCCCACAGAUGAUGCACAGUGAUGCCACCAUACGGACAACAAAAUGGGAGCUUCAGAAACCAGCUGGACUCAAAGCCAAGAUUGAUUCCGUGGAAUUCAAUGUCUGGGAUAUCGGGGGCCCAGCAAGCAUGUCGACCGUCAAUCAGUGUUUCUUCACAGACAAAGCAUUGUAUGUAGUUGUAUGGAACCUGGCACUAGGGGAAGAGGCUGUUGCAAACCUUCAGUUCUGGCUGCUGAACAUUGAGGCCAAAGCCCCGAAUUCUGUCGUGUUAGUGGUAGGAACACACCUUGACCUUAUUGAAACUAAAUUUCGCGUUGAGAGGAUAGCAACUCUUAGAGCAUAUGUCCUGGCUCUUUGUCGCUCUCCUUCUGGAUCAAGAGCUACGGGCUUUCCAGAUAUCACAUUCAAGCACUUACAUGAGCUAUCGUGUAAGACCCUAGAAGGCCUUGAUGGGCUCCGCCAGCUGAUAUUUCAAGUCACUUGCAACAUGAAGGAUGUUGGCAGCUUUAUUUGCUCGCAGAAGCUUGCAGCGAGAUUGAUACCAAGAAGUUACCUUAGUCUCCAAGAAGCUGUCCUAGCAGAACAACAGAAAAGGAGUCAAAAUGAUGACGUGCAGUAUCUAACAGACAAACAAAUAGAGCAAAUCGUAGAGCAAACCCCUGGAAAUGAUAUCAAAGACUAUGAGGACUUGCAAGCUGCCAUCAGUUUCCUUAUAGAAACAGGAUCGUUGCUGCAUUUCCCAGACACCAGCCAUGGACUGAGAAACCUCUAUUUCCUUGAUCCAGUCUGGUUAUCAGAAUGCCUUCAGAGAAUAUUUAAUAUUAAGAGCUCAAAGUCUGUUGCUAAGAAUGGAUUGAUCAAAGCAGAGGAUUUCAGGAUGUUGUUAGUUGGGACAGGGUUUACUGAACAAACAGAAGAACAGUAUUUCCAGUUCCUGGCCAAGUUUGAAAUUGCACUACCAGUAGCCAAUAACAGCUACCUCCUACCUCAUCUCCUCCCAGCCAAACCAGCAUUAGAUAUCCAUGGCUUAUGCCACCAGUCCACAAACACUGUCCAAAGAGUGUUCAAGAUGAGUUUUGUCCCAGUUGGCUUUUGGCAAAGGUUCAUAGCUCGGAUGUUAAUUAGUCUUGCAGAGAUGGAUCUCCAGCUGUUUGAGAACAAGAAGAACACCAAGAGCAGGAACAAAAAUGUGACCAUCUACAGCUUUACAGGCACUCAAAGAAACCGCUGCAGCACAUUCCGCGUCAAAAGAACUCAUACAGUCUACUGGCAGGAAGGUCUGUUUGUUACCUUUGAUGGAGGCUACCUCAGUGUGGAAUCUUCUGAUGUGAACUGGAAAAAGAAAAAAAGUGGUGGAAUUAAAAUCAUUUGCCAAUCAGAAGCAAGAGAUUUUUCAGCAAUGGCUUUCAUCACAGAUCAUGUCAAUUCCUUGAUAGAUCAGUGGUUUCCAGCACUGACGGCCACGGAGAGUGAUGGGACUUUGCUAAUGGAACAGUAUGUCCCAUGUCAGAUCUGUGCAACUUCUAGGACACAGGAGAAUGGGCCACCUGAUAAAUCGGAAGAUGAGCAGUACUUUAACAUGGAAGAUUGUGUUCUGACUGCUAUAGAACUGGAUUGUAUCACAUGUCCUAGUCACCCUAACAUCCCAGUUCCUCUACAAGAGCUGGUCCCAGAGCUCUUCAUGACAGAUUUUCCUGCCAGACUAUUUCUGGAAAAUAGUAAACUAGAAUACAGUGAAAAUGAAAACAAUGUUCUUGGCCAGGGUGGAAGUGGAACCAUUAUAUAUCAGGCAAAAUACCAAGGAAAACCCGUGGCGGUGAAGAGAUAUCAGAUUAAGAAAUGCAAGAGUUCUCCUAAUUCGGCUACAGAUACCAUGCUGAAGCACUUGCGAGCUAUGGACGCCAUGAAGAACUUCUCCGAGUUCCGCCAGGAAGCCAGCAUGCUCCACUCCUUGCAACACCCCUGCAUCGUUUCCUUGAUUGGGAUUAGCAUCCAUCCUCUCUGCUUUGCCUUAGAGUUGGCCCCCUUGGGCAGCCUCGCAACUGUGUUAUCUGGAAAGUCCAAAGGGGCUUCCUUUGUGCCACUGGGGCGCCUGCUGACCCAGAAAAUAGCAUAUCAGAUUGCAACAGGCCUUGCCUACCUGCAUAAGAAAAACAUCAUAUUCUGUGACCUAAAGUCAGACAAUAUUUUAGUGUGGUCCCUGGACAUUAAAGAGCAUAUCAACAUCAAACUGUCUGACUAUGGGAUUUCUCGGCAGUCAUUCCAUGAAGGAGCUCUUGGAGUGGAAGGCACUCCUGGGUACCAAGCCCCAGAGAUUAGGCCUCGAAUAGUCUAUGAUGAAAAGGUGGACAUGUUCUCCUAUGGAAUGGUCCUAUAUGAACUAUUGUCUGGACAGCGGCCUGUGCUCGGCCAACAUCAGCUUCAGAUUGCGAAGAAGCUGUCUAAAGGGAUCCGUCCCAUUCUGGGGCAGCCGGGGGAAGUGCAGUUCCACAGGAUGCAGACACUCAUGAUGGAAUGUUGGGACACUAAGCCGGAAAAGCGUCCAUUGGCCAUUUCUGUUGUAGGACAGAUGAAAGAUCCUACAUUUGCUACUUUCAUGUACCUGCUCUGCUGUGGGAAGCAGUCUUCCUUCUUCUCUUCCCAAGGCCAAGAAUACACUGUGGUAUUCUGGGAUGGGAAGGAAGACACCAGAAACUACACGGUGGUAAAUACAGAGAAAGGUCUCAUAGAAGUGGAGAGAAUGAGCUGCCCAGGAAUGAAGUUAUGCUGCCAGUUAAAAGUUCAGAGUGCACUGUGGACUGCCACAGAGGACCAGAAGAUUUAUGUAUAUGGUUUACAAGGCAUGUGUCCUUUAAAUACUCCACAAAAGGGAUUAGACACUCCAGCUACCGUGAGCUGCUUCUUAGCGGUGCCUGUCAUAAAAAAGAACUCCUACCUGGUGCUGGCCGGACUGUCAGACGGACUUGUGGCAGUUUUUUCAGUGGCACGCGGCAUCCCAGAGGACAGCUGCUCCUACUUGUGCUCACACACUGCGAACAGGUCCAAGUUCAACAUCUUGGACAGUGACCCCCGGCAGAACCCCUACCCUGUGAAAGCCAUGGAAAUAACAAACAGCGGGGCCGAGGUCUGGUACAGCAAUGGCCCUGGCAUUCUCAUCAUAGACUGCGUGACCCUAGAUAUAAACAGGAGGCUGGAGCCCUACAGCCCUCCAUCUGUGAUCACAUCUAUGGCGUGUAACUCGGAGUACCAUGGGGAGGAAGUGAUUUGGUGCCUGGAUGAUAAAACGAACUACCUGGUGAUGUAUCAUACUGCAACCUAUCAGCUCUGCGCACGGUACUUCUGUGGCGACUGCAGCCCUUUAAGAGACAUGUUUACAAUCCAGCAGCCUUCCGCAGGGAUCCCUGCUACAACAGCUGUACACAGGACUGUGCUUGAGAGUAACUCUUUGGCUGACAUGAGCAUUAUCUGCAGCCCAGAGCUGGGCACACAAAUAUUAAACCAUCAGGACUCCCUCACAGACUAUUGCUCCAUGUCUUCUUACUCAUCCUCCCCUUCUAACAGAAUAACUAGGUCCUUCUCCAGCCUGCCGAGCUCUCCUGCGAGCUCAUACAGCACGCCUUUCUCCAUGGAUUGCGAGGAGUCCAACAAGUUUCAUGAACUGAUCCCUUCCCCAGACAGAUCUGAAAAUGAUGCUACACCAACAGAUGAAAACGCAUCGCAUCUCCAAGCUGUAAAGAUUCUUCCAGUAAAAGACCUCAUCUGGAUCCCUAGGAGAGGUGGCGACAUCAUAGUUAUUGGGCUGGAGAAGGAAUGUGGCAUGCAGCGCGGCAGAGUCAUAGCCGUAUUGAAGGCCAGAGAACUGGCUCCCUAUGGGGCGCUGGUCGAAGCUGCUAUCGUAGCAAGGGACACUGUUGUGUGCUGCUUUGAGAACAAAAACAUGGAAUGGUGCCUUGCUGUCUGGAAGAGCUGGGGUGCCCGAGAGUUUGACAUUUUCUACCAGUCCUAUGAAGAGCUGGGAAGGCUUGAAACCUGCAUGCGAAAAAGAAGGUAGUGCUUGUCAAAUUUAAAAUCAAGCAUCCAGGAAGGACAGACUACAGGGAACGGAACCUGAUGCCCUUCAGCAUUCCAGCCUGGGCACUUUUGUAUCCUUAGAGAAGGGUUUGGUUGUUUUUUUUUCCACAUUUGCUGCUAAGGAACACUGCAGGGUUCUUGCAGAAACUAUCUCCUCUGCAGUGCAUUUGCCAGAGAUGCAGAAGACCAAACUAGAUACCUUUCUGUUUGUUUCUGCCUUUCUUUUCAGCAGGGGAUAGAGAUGUAUUAAGUCCAGAAAGCGGGUGAUCUCUCAACAAUGUUGCCCUAAUGUGUACCAUCCUCCUUAACCCUCCACCCAUUUCAUUCACUUCUCUAUUUUGAGCCACCUUUCUUCCAUUGUAAAUUCCCUCACAACCCCCACACAUCUGGGCAGCUGCUGCUUAGGUCCUCAACCAAAAGAGCUUCAUUAACUACACAGAUAUGCAUCUCUCUCUCCCUCAAAGACUGAGCUUUUACACAAUACUCCUGUCACCUGCUGUCCCAGUGGGUGAGAGCCCAGCAAUAAUCCUUCAGUGGCCAAUAUAUUUCUGGGCUGUAAAGAUAUUGUGCUACAGAGUUACUGUGAAAGACCCAAAGAUGAUGAUCUGUCAUUGAAUACUGCACAAUCUCAGUACAUUAAUGAGCUAAUUAAUUGCACUGCUGCAAAGUAAAUUGUACACAGAGUCCAAUGCAAAGCAAAGCAUGUCAGCACUUCAGAUGCUUUACCAGUUGUUAAGAGAAGGGAGUAAUUUAACCAGCAGAACUUGGAAAUGGUCCAUGUCCCUCUGUUACUUUCCUCUGUAAGGUUUCAGAGUAGCAGCCGUGUUAGUCUGUAUUCGCAAAAAGAAAAGGAGGACUUGUGGCACCUUAGAGACUGACCAAUUUAAUUAAAUUGGUUAGUCUCUAAGGUGGCACUAGUACUAAGGUGCCACAAGUACUCCUUUUCUUUUUCCUCUGUAAAUACAUUUGGAAGUAAGCUCAGUUUACUGGUAUAUAAAAGUGUCUGUUAUUUUUUAGAUAGAGUUGCUUAUAUAGUUUAUUUUUCACAUCACUAAGGUCACACUGGACCCUGGAAAGCAUUGUACCCAGUGUACACACAAUCCCAUUAUCAUAGAAUGUACAGAAGAGUGUAAAAAGUGAAUCAACUCCUGAUGAAUGAAUGUGUACUGUGUAUUGAACUGUUUUUAUACUGAGAACCUUAUACUAAGUUUGAACAUAUAUGCAAGGCUGCUUGAUGUAGAAUUAGCAGGUUAAAUGUCAGAUUUACACUUUUACUGCAGGCUGUUAAAAUAACCAUCAGAAGCAAAACGUAUCUCAAAAUAAACAGACUCCUCCAAGAAUUACAUUG